GAUCGAUGGCAAGCGUAAUUAACCUUUCGUAAUCGCUGCACAUUUAAACGAUCGCCUGUGACUCAAGCUGCAAAGAGCAAUACUGCACUACUGCGAAGUAUCAGCGAAGAAGUCAGUAAUACGAAUAAUACGUAACAUCUCGACUUAGCAAUACAAUCAGCACAAGGCAUCGCAAUCUAAGUAGCAAUACAAACUCUUCAAGAGAUUCCGACCAAGUGACACCAAGUGACGCACACUACCAGAAUUCUGUUAACAGAUUUUACACAACAAUGGCGCCGAAUAUAACAAUUAAAUCAACAGGAGUACUAUUCGAAGAUGAGACUCUUGGCGAACCGCAAGUAGUUGAAGAGCUGAAGGAUAAAUCUAAAUAUGUUAGGCGCAUUGAGUGGAAAAGAGUAAUAUUUUUCUCGUUUCUACAUCUCGGUGCCCUUUUCGGCGUUUAUCUUUUAUUCACAUCUGUCAAAUUUGCUACCAUUUUAUUUGUAAUUUUCUUAUCUGAAAUCAGCUUGAUGGGAAUCACAGCUGGAAAUCAUCGACUGUGGGCACACCGAUCUUAUAAAGCCAAGUGGCCUCUCCAGCUGCUGCUUGUUAUUAUGAGCACUAUAGCGUUUCAGUUCGAUGUGAUCCAUUGGUCCAGAGAUCAUAGGGUUCACCACAAAUACAGUGAAACUGACGCCGAUCCGCAUAAUGCUAAAAGAGGUUUCUUCUUCGCACAUGUGGGCUGGCUGGUUUGCAGGAAACAUUCAGAAGUCAAGAAAAAAGGCAAAGAAAUUGACAUAAGCGAUCUUGAAAGCAAUCCAAUAUUAGCAUUCCAAAAGAAAUAUUAUAACAUACUGGUGCUAUUGCUCUGCUUUAUUUUACCAACCGUCAUUCCGGUCGUGUUUUGGGGCGAGACAUGGACAAAUGCUUACUUUAUUCCGACCGUAUUCCGUCAUAUUUUGACGUUACAUAUAACAUGGCUGGUAAAUUCCGCGGCUCAUAUGUUUGGCAACAAACCUUACGACAGACAUAUUAAUCCAGCGGAGAACAAAGGUGUUGCCAUGCUCACCCUCGGUGAAGGAUGGCACAAUUACCACCACGUAUUUCCUUGGGAUUAUAAGGCGGCCGAACUCGGCAAUUACAGGCUCAAUUUCACGACAGCCUUCAUCGACUUCUGCGCGAAGAUCGGUUGGGCCUAUGAUUUAAAAACCGUAUCCGAGGAAACGAUAAGGAAACGUGUGGAGAGAACGGGCGACGGUAGCCAUGAGUUAUGGGGUUGGGGCGAUAAAGAUCAAACGCAAGAGGAAAGAGAAGCAGCGAUAGUGACGCAUCAUCACACAAAGGUGCAAUAGAAUCUUGUGGGUGUGCGUGCAAGAUUUUUGACAAAAUAAAUUUUUUUCUCAUUUGUCUACGGAUUAUAAAUUAAUUUGUUUGGACAAAUUUUAUAAUAUUAAAAAUACCAUUUAUUUGAAUCGAUCUUCGAGGAUUUACGUCUCGACCGUCGUAUUUAAAUUGCGAUAUAUAUUUUAAUUACGUAAUAAAAUUCAAAAACUAA